CACACCCUCGCCCCCUUGCUGCCCGUUAAUUGCUCCUCCGCCCUUUGACUGUUUACCCCCAACGCUCGUUGUUUCCGCGCCUUUGCCAGAACAUCGAAGAGCCCAGAAGUGCGCCGAAGGUCUGCAAGCUUACGGAUCGCGAUCUCGACCAUCCUGGCCACAUAUGACGCACUCUGUCCCACAUGUACAGCAUUUCGUCUCCCACCACCUACACCACGCCGCACAAUCCGUAACAGCACCCACGCCGCACGCGUUGCUACCAUCUCACUCCUCGAAUGUGCGCGCAUUAGCUGGUUCCGACUGAGAUGGCGGCCGCGGAGACUCCCACUGCCGCCGAUCUCGUGCGCACUUCCUCGCAGAACUCGACCGCGUCGAACAGCAGAAAGAGCAGCACCGUACGCGUAAGGCCUUUGAAAAGGAGCUCCAAUGCGUCUCUGGGCCGAACACCCUCGCCCGCCGCCGAUGACAAAAGCUUGACGUCGUUCCCUUCGCUGUCGCCUACACCAGAUUCAUCCCCGGUACAAUCGCGUGUCAACGGCUGGUUUCGCGCGGCGGUCGGCGCAGGAGAUUUGGGAGGCAAGAGCGGAGAGAACAAGCCCACAAGCUCACCGGAGACUAUCAAAGCUAUACCUCCGGCCGACGUCAAUAAGGACAACGGGCCCAGCUCGACAGUGAGGAAGGUCACAAAGUCCACACAGCAAAUUGUUGGCAGCCUAGUAGCAGCAACCCCCUCAGCAAGGGACCGGUCCGCCCUUUUCGACGACACCCCACCGGAGCCCGCCAAGGUUCCGGGUAACCUCCACUAUGCGAGCGACCAGAACAUUGAAGAUAUGCUGGAGCAAUCGGGGGCGGUGGCAUUAGUUCGACAGCUGGCUGGGGACUUGGCGCAGCGAGAUGCACAGGUUACAGCAUUGAGAAGAAGGGCGGAGGAACGUGAGAGGAUCUUGAGGAAAAUGCUACAGGAAUGCGAGGUAUCGAACAUGGAUAUUGAGAACAGGCUCCGCGAGCUUGACCGGGGCCGGACCCAGGACGGGAACGAGAAUGGCCCUAGAAGAGUCAGGAAGAGGGGAAGCGAAAGUGGGCUGUCUGGCCUGCACCCUGACGACCCUAUUGACCAAAGACUGGCCCGCGCCAUGGAAGACGAAAUACCAGAACACCCUGAUGCUCUAGGAAUUGACUCUGGAGCCGCAGCACCUGGAGGCGAUGAUGCGUCUAUCCAUUCCUUGUCCGAGCCACCGCGCGAGACAGGUCGCAGCAACUGGAGGAGCUAUCUCUGGAACGGGACGAGUAGGAAGAGCAGCAGAGCCCCUUCUGUCGCCAGUAUGAUUGACAGAGAUGCAGAAAGCCAUUCAGUUCAGACCCGCUCACGAGCUUCUAGUGGCGCGAAGCAGCCGCGGAAACCCAUUAGCAAUGAUCUGUUUGUCCCGCCUGGCGCAGACAGAGGCACUAGCGCGAUUCCCUCCCUACGUCGACUACAGAGCGAGGACCAAGCUCAGUCCACUCCAUCAUCCCGUAGAUCUUCUGUCUCAAUAAUGAACUGGACGUUGAAGAUGGUAGCGGGCAACAAUCAACCGGGUCGCAGUUCUGACAAGGUCAAUGCGGUUAGAGGACGCAAGAGUAUCACGUCGGACCCUGCCGAUAGGACACCUUCCAUGGAUUCUACCAGAACGACUCAGUCGAGCAGGUCUGCACUUGCAAGGCGUGGUGGCCGAACCCUCGGGCCGAAUGGAACCAUCAAGACCAUCUCGACGGAAGCCCCGAAAAACGGUCCCGUUAAUCCCAGCCCUCACCCACCUGCUCGUGGCCUGAGCAAUCUUGGACCUGUGGAGAUGGAUAGGAUCUUGCCCGAGGAAUCGCGACCUCCAACGUUGCUGCAACACCACAACAGAUUCGCCACGAGCAACGAAUAUCUGACUGAUAGGUUCGGAUUCAUAUACGACCAACGCCGGAAGAAGAGGCAAAGCGAGGCUGCCGCUGCCGUUACCAAGCAGAAGCGAAGCAGCAAUGUUGAAUCUAUCGGCGACGGCAGAUCGGUACUCAAAACUCUCGGGCUCGGCGAUGAGCCUGGCGACGCCCCAGCACCCGUCCUUGAUGGGGACGCCGCUUUAAGGCCACCAUCUAGACCGGAAAGCACCAGCUCGGAGGACCAGGCGGCCAAGCAGCCUGUAAAGACGUGGGCUGACUAUCUCAAACUCGCAACUCAUCCCACCGAACUGCUAUCUCAUACCCCUUCGGCAGCACCUAUUACGACUGUAGAAUCGCCAGAGGCCGAGAUAUCUGCCCCAAAGCUUAGCCAGGUCACGGCUACGGUCGCGAAGCGUGGCUCUCUACCUACAUCAAGCAUCAAUCCCGAGCCCUCUCCUUCCCGAAUUGUUUCUGGAAAGGCAGAGUUCUCGAUUUCAUCACCGUCUCCAGGACCAGCGAGCCCGCUCAGCCCCUAUCCUCAUCAACCCGACCCCGUGAAGUCCCUUCUGGAGCAGCUCACAGAGCUACACGACAAUCUGCAGAAAGAGAAAACGGUGAAGUGGAAUGAGUUCUUGCGCAAAGUGCGUGCCGAGCGGAAGCGCCAAGGUGACGCAACCAACGCUGGCGAGGGCCGAUCAAUAGGGCACGACAUGCCAGAAACUCUUCUAACCGAUGGCGAAAUCGUUGGCGUAGCAGGUCUUGGUAACAAAGGGAAAGUUGGACGCGCCAAGUGGCAGGAAUUCCGUCGACUCGUGCUCGGUGGUAUUCCUGUCGCCUAUCGAGCAAAGAUCUGGGCAGAAUGCAGCGGUGCGUCUGCUUUGCGCAUCCCUGGAUACUACGAGGAUCUGGUCAGCAACGGCGAAGACAACCCCACCAUUGUCGCUCAAAUCCAGAUGGACAUCACUCGCACUCUCACCGACAAUAUCUUCUUCCGAAAAGGCCCAGGUGUGCACAAACUGAACGAGGUAUUGCUCGCCUACUCUCGUCGCAAUCCUGAAGUGGGAUACUGCCAAGGCAUGAAUCUCAUCACCGCCUGCCUCUUGUUGAUCAUGCCCACUGCCGAAGAUGCGUUCUGGGUGCUGGCAACCAUGAUCGAAAACAUCUUGCCGCAGAACUACUACGACCAGCAUCUGCUUACCUCCCGCGCCGAUCAGUCCGUUCUGCGUGAGUAUGUCGUUGAGUUGCUCCCAACGCUCUCGAACCACCUCGAGCUUCUAGAGAUCGAGCUUGAGGCGCUCACCUUUCAGUGGUUCCUCUCCGUCUUCACCGACUGUCUGUCUGCGGAGGCACUAUACCGCGUGUGGGACGUGGUCCUGUGCAUGCACGACGGCUCGACAUUCCUAUUCCAAGUCGCGCUUGCCCUUCUGAAGCUGAAUGAGAAACAACUGCUGCAGUGCGACACCCCGGCCGCCAUUUACCACUACAUCAACCACCAGAUGACGAACCACGCUAUCAGCAUCGACGGCCUCAUCCAAGCAAGCGAUGCCCUCAACAAGGUCGUCAAGCGCAAGGAUGUGGAAGAACGACGAGAGCGAGCCGUUGCUCACGAGCGGGACCUGAUGCGUCAGCGCGAAGAAGCUCGCCUGGAACGGAAAAGGAAGAGAGCAAGCAAAGCUGCGGAGGAGCCAGCUCCCUUAGAGAUGACCAGCAAAGCGCCUUCCAUCUCAGCAAGUCUGGAUGCCGAGUUGUCAAUGCACACGAGUCCUAUGCGGACGCCUCUUUCAACGGCAUCAAGGAGAAGCGAGGAAGAGGAGGAUGCGGACGCAUUGAAUCAGACUCUGGAGAGCCUGACAACGAGGACACCGAUGCCCAUCGAGGAGGAAAGCCUUUGGCGCGCUUGAGGUUCCCUUUGCCACAUAUUUUCGUUCCUUUGGGUCACUUUCGGUGUAGGUGGUGUUUUCUUGAUACCCCAGCCCAGAUUAGUCCAUUCCUUCUAAAAUAACGGUGUCCCAAAAUCGUCUCUUUUGUCAAGUUUGCAUUGGGGGCGCUCCGGUCAGAAGUCAGCAUACAAAUACCCCCGAAGAUUGGAUUGCACUUUAGUCCCUAGACACAUUGAGAUUAAGGCGGGCUUCUAUUGAGCUCAUACAUAUACCCACUUUCUUUAUUCGUGUAGACUUCGGUCCUCGUCCUUGGUUGUUCUUGUGCCUGCUUUGCCGAGCACUAGAAGAAAAGCCAAAUGUUCUUACCGGAAGAGCCUACAGUUCUGGUAUCCCCGCAUGAUCUACAAGCAGCAGAGGGUGAAAGCGGAUUGUCAAGACGCCUGGGCAGACCCAUGCUCUAAGAUCCGACUUUGCCUGAUUAAGUCUAGGCCCGAUCUUGAUGGCUAUAGAUACACUCAC